AUGGGCUUUAACGUGACGGCGCUUUGGUAUUUCCCCCUCAAGGACAGGGAGAGCUUGUCUGGCUUCCAGCACGUGCCUGAUCCUCGUGUUGUGUUAGGGGCUUUGUGUGUCCCGGGCACCGGCAUGAACAGAGCGUUUCCGAUGCCUCUGACUCAURUGGAGAGCAGCCCCGCAGAGAGGGACCUGGGCGUCGUGGUGGACGACRAGRUGACCAUGAGGCAGCAGUGUGCCCUGGUGGCCAAGAAGGCCAACGGGUUCCUGGGGUGCAUCAAGAAGAGCGUCUCCAGCAGGUCAAGGAGAUUAUCCCCCUAUGCAAAGCCCUGCAGCAGUGCGGUGUUUUCUGAGCUGAAUGGUCUGGCGCUGAAGAAGGCAGCAGUCACUGAGGGACCAUCGCUUCCAGGACAGCCUGGCCAAGGAAAGAAGAUAGGUCAUCGAGGAGUUGAUGCUUCUGGGGAAACCACCUACAAAAAGACUACUUCAUCCACCCUGAAGGGAGCCAUCCAGCUAGGGAUCGGAUAUACAGUCGGCAAUCUGAGCUCCAAGCCGGAGAGGGAUGUCCUGAUGCAGGACUUCUACGUGGUGGAGAGCAUCUUUUUCCCGAGCGAAGGAAGCAACCUCACCCCGGCUCACCAUUACGCCGACUUCAGAUUCAAAACCUACGCUCCGGUGGCUUUCCGCUACUUCCGAGAGCUCUUUGGGAUUCGUCCGGAUGACUAUUUGUAUUCGUUAUGUAACGAGCCUCUGAUAGAGCUGUCGAACCCUGGUGCCAGUGGCUCCCUCUUCUAUGUCACCAGUGAUGACGAGUUCAUCAUAAAAACUGUGAUGCACAAGGAAGCUGAAUUCCUACAGAAGCUCCUUCCCGGCUACUACAUGAACCUGAACCAGAACCCACGGACGCUGCUGCCAAAGUUUUAUGGACUCUAUUGUGUGCAGUCAGGGGGCAAAAACAUCCGGGUGGUCGUGAUGAACAACAUUUUGCCCCGGGUGGUGAAAAUGCACCUGAAAUUUGACCUGAAAGGUUCGACCUACAAACGCCGGGCAUCCAAGAAGGAAAAAGAAAAGUCCAGCCCCACGUACAAGGACCUAGACUUCAUACAAGACAUGCCCGAGGGCCUCAUGCUGGAUGCAGACACCUUCAGUGCGCUGGUGAAAACCUUGCAACGAGACUGCCUGGUGUUGGAAAGUUUUAAAAUCAUGGACUACAGCCUCCUGCUUGGGGUUCACAACAUAGACCAGCAAGAACGGGAGCGACUGUCAGAGGGAGCCCACAGCACGUCGGACGAGAAGCGUCCYGUGGCACAGAAGGCCCUUUACUCCACGGCCAUGGAGUCCAUCCAGGGUGGAGCCGCCCGCGGGGAGUCCAUAGACACGGACGACACAAUGGGAGGAAUUCCAGCAGUGAACGGCAAAGGAGAGCGCCUCCUGCUCCACGUAGGAAUAAUAGAUAUCCUCCAGUCAUACAGGUUCAUCAAGAAGCUGGAACAUACCUGGAAGGCUCUUGUCCACGAUGGGGACACAGUGUCAGUACACAGACCAAGCUUUUACGCAGAGAGAUUCUUCAAGUUCAUGACCAACACGGUGUUUCGAAAGAAUUCCUCUCUGAAAUCCUCCCCCUCGAAGAAAGGGCGCAGUGCCUUGCUGGCUGUCAAGACGUCUGGUCCAACCGCUGCGUUUUCAGCCAGCCAGCUUCCCUCGGAGAAGGACGAGACCCAGUAUGAUCUUCGUGCAGCCAGGAGUUACCCCACGCUCGAUGACGAAGGCAGGCCAGACCUGCUUCCCUGCACGCCGCCUUCCUUCGAAGAAGCUACCACGGCCUCCAUAGCCACGACACUGUCCUCGACGUCCCUCUCCGUUCCUGAGCGAUCCCCCUCGGAGACGUCUGAGCAGCCCCGGUACAGGAGGCGCACGCACUCCUCGGGGCAGGAUGGCAGGUCACAGGAGGAGGUGCGGGUUGAAGAAGAGCUGCAGCAGAUCAGCGUGGAGCUGGAACCCAAGUGUGACGUGGAGAUCAUAGCUCCUGAGGAAGAGGAGAAAGAAGAGGCAGCAUCAGCGUGUGCCACUGUCAUGUCCGCAGCUACGAUAGAGGUGGAGACAGCCAGCCAGGCCUCGGAACCGGCCAGCCAGGCCUCGGAUGAAGAUGAUGUGCCAGUCACAGAUAUAUACUUUCCGACAGACGAGAGGAGUUGGGUUUACUCCCCGCUCCACUAUAGCGCCCAGCUCCACUCUGUCUCCGAUGAGGAGAGCGAUACAUAAUCUCUAUGCAGACACAGAAGCCCCAGAGAGCAGCGAUUCCCUCUGCAGGUCGAUGUGUUCCCUUUUCGUUGAUGCAGUCGUUCCAGYGGGAUGGGGAAGAGCUUCCUGACGCCAGUAUUGCUGCACUGCGGGAUCCCAGGCACUGCAUUCCAGAACGAAGCAAAACUAACCGUGUAUUUCCACUCACCCCAGACGUGGGCAGCAAAGAAAGCACCCGCUCCCCCGCAGCUCCCGGCAGAGACGUCCAGCUGCGUGUUGAGAAUCCUGGGUAGUAACACAGUGUUUCCCAAACGUGCACUACCGUAGCUACCUAUCCAUGUGUGAUACUGUGAACCUUUUUAAUUUUUUAAUCAUGUAUUUAUUUCUUUUAUCUUUGCACAGAGACGGCACAAACGUGCUUUUUUAAACAUUUAGUUUACUGCACUUUUUU